AUGACUGUCCGAGCUCUUGAGUUUUACUGUGGAAUCGGUGGUUUACAUUUUGCCCUCUCCAGGAGCAGUCUGGGUGGGACCGUCGUCCGCGCAUUCGACUGGGAUCAGUGUGCUUGUCGUGUCUACAAAGCGAAUCACUCAAACAUCGUUACUAAUGUGGAUAUCUCAACGCUAGUUGCAGCCGAUUUGGCAGCUCUCAAAGCCGAUCUCUGGCUACUCUCACCAGCGUGCCAGCCUUAUACCAUCUUGAACCCCAAAGCCAAAGAUGCUUCUGAUCCACGAGCACAAUCAUUUCUCCAUCUCAUCCAAAAUGUUCUUCCAGAAUUAGGAUCUACGAAUCAACAUCCGCAGCGCCUUCUUGUUGAAAAUGUUGCGGGCUUCGAGACUUCAACCACUCGUCAAAUUCUUGUAUCAAUUCUCCAUUCUCUCGGCUACUCUACUCUGGAGCUUCUCUUGACACCAUUGCAGUUUGGCAUCCCAAACUCACGCCUACGGUACUAUCUACUAGCUAAGAAGGCACCACUUGAUCCUGAUGCAAUUGACCACGGAUCUCCCACGAAUAGCGUCGUACACGACCUCCGUCGAUAUCUUGACCGAGGGUAUGAUCCACAGGAGUUCCUAGUUCCAGACAAAAUAUUAAAGAAGUGGGGGAGGCUUUUUGACAUCGUCCUGCCUUCCUCACGACGAACCUGUUGUUUUACUCGGGGGUACACUCAACUUGUCGAACGUAGCGGCUCCGUCUUGCAAAAUAACGAGAUCCUGGAUGUGCAACCUGAAGCGGUGAAAAUAUUACACCCUCUCGGUCUACGGUAUUUUUCGCCAGAAGAACUUCUUCGUAUUUUUGACUUCAAUUCCUGCGAUCCUCGGGCAGAUCUAGAGCCCGCCUUCCACUGGCCAGACGAUAUCUCGACCAAAACAAAAUACAGGUUGAUUGGGAACAGUGUAAACAUUCGGGUAAUUCAAGAAUUGAUUGAUUAUCUCUUUGAGGAUUAG